AUGGGCGCGUGGGCGCCUUUGGUGAUGUUCGGCGUGGGCUUCAAGAUCGUCACGAUGUGCCCCGGGAUCGCCUCUGCCAGAACUGAGAGCCGCGACGUUUUCGGCCGGAAGAACAGCGACGAGUUCUGCAGGUACUACGGAACCUUGCGGGACACCAACGCUGCGUCGGAUGCGUACGGCCAGAGUGGCUACAAGACGAACCCGGUGCCAAAGUGA